AUGAGGUCUAAAUUAAAUGGUUCCGAUAUAAGAACCUUCUUCAAUCGAACAAGAAAUACAACCGAAAAAAUUUGCAACUGUCCUGAAAAUCCUCAAGUAGCCAAAUCAUUUGUUAUCGAUAUGUCAACGUCAAAUCAAGAACUUUAUUAUAUCGAUCCUUGGGUCCAUCAAAUAUUAGCUGCUGAUAUGAAUGGAUGUAAAUGUAGAGUGGUAGUAGAUGCUACCGAAAAGAAAAAACAUGGAUUCACACCAAUGUCUAUUACCGUCGACAGCAAAUACGUGUACUGGUUUAAUUCUACAGAAAAUGAAAUAUUCUAUGCUGUCAAAAGCAAGAGUCAAAAAAUAGAGCAUGCUAGAAUAUCACACGGAAAUAAAAUAAUGGCUCUUGAUGCAGCGAAUCAGCCUUACCCUCCCCAGGAUUGUCUUUAUCCGAAACUUCAGCAUUUGCAACCAAGAGUAUUGUCCAAUUCUGCCUACAGUUUAACAUUACAGAUGCCCUCAAUUCAUAAACCACAACAUUGUCGCCACUUGGAAUACGAAAUGACCACUCCAGAAUAUACAGUAUACUACCGCCUAUAUUCCGAAAAUGAUCGGACAGAUUGUAAUAAAGAAUCUUGUUCUUAUAUUACUACUACACGAUCGGAAGUUAUUCUUGACGACUUGAAGCCAUUUACAAAAUAUAUUGUGAUGAUAGGAGCUACGAAUUUCUACGCAAAGCUUUACGAAGUUAAACCGUUAAUCGGAAGUCCUAUAAUAUUACAAACGGCUGCUGAAGCACCUACUGCUCCGAAAAAUGUAACUGUGAUAGCGCUGAGUCCUGUACAAGCUCGAGUAGAAUGGAUUCCUGAUCCAGGAUUAAAAUAUGAAGUACACUGGCGAACAAAUGAUUCCACUUCUUCUCCACACAGAUAUAAAGAGCACAGCACUUUUGAAGUGUCUUCCGGUGGCAGCGUGGUUAUGUCCCGACUGGCUCCGGGCACAGUGUACGCUGUGUGGGUCCGUGCCCGUUCAGCACAUAGUACACAGCCAGCGGACAGUGCGCCAUUAAGACUCGCUACUUAUCCUGCGCCUGCGCCGCUACAACUGCGCCAUAAAGCCGCUUACCGCUUACGAUUGGCAUGGCCACCUCCUCUCACAUACACUUUGUAUAGACAUAGAGUCGAAUAUACCGAAGCAAGCGUAAUCAAUGGUACAUGGAAGGAAUGCGCAAAUCGUGGCGAUGAUGAGUGGACAGCGAAUAACUUGCGUCCGCAUAAAGGUUACCGUUUCCGACUUUGUCUCCAAUAUGUGAAAGAGGCUCCGCCAUAUUACUGGCCCGAAGACGACAGAUUCAUUUACGAAACACUGGGUGACGUGCCUGCAGCACCUAGCUCUGUCCUUGUUGAAGCAGUUGAGGAGCGUGUUAUACGCGUGUGGUGGUCGGAGCCCGACUCACGAGGAUCGCCCAUUACUAUGUAUCGUGUCUGGGGUCGUCCAAUGCACAGUAUAGCAAUAAAUAUUCUUAUUCAUAUUCUUCUUAUUCUAACGUACUCUAUGUUCCGGUAUGAUUCAACUGGCAUUACCGUUCUUCAAAAAUAAUUAAUCUUGACAGAUGAUUUUUUUUAUUGUAAAAUUUACAUGGAAUCUGAUAACGUAGCAGACUCUGAUGUCGCCGAUAUUUAAAAAAUAUCUGUCAGGAUUCAUUAUUUUUAAAGAACAGUAAUGACGGAUCUAUCAAGCCGGAAGUACGGUUUCAGCGAAUUCUUCCAUGUAUUAAUUUUUUACAGAGUGAAUUAUGUGAAUAACUCAAGCAACAUAAGUGAAAUGAUGGCAAAAUUGCCCUCUGAUAUGCCAAAAGACAUGAAGCAACAGAUUUUGAACGAAGGCUUGGAACUACUUCAUAAUGGAACAGAGACAUAUUGGUUCAUUGGCGCGGGUCAAGUGUCGGACGGUUACGUGGCGCGGGUGCAGGCCCGCAACAGUUACGGGUGGGGCGCGCUGUCGCCGGGCGCGGAGCUGCACGCGGCGCCCGCGCACGCAACUCGCCCCCACCACGCCGCGCUCGCCAUAGCCGGCGCCGUACUCGCCGCUCUAAUGCUCGCAGUAGGGGCAUUAGUACUUUACGCAUAUAACAGUAGAACUAAGAAAAAAGCUGCUAAAGAUAAUCAAAUUCAAACCCACGUUAUAAGAAGAGGCUCCGAUUUGGAGUUAGCUACACUGAGACAGCUACCUAUCAGACAUUCUACGAACAUACUUUAUAAUCAGGGAGUACACUGCCCUACGGACGCAGAACUGGCGAGUUUACCACAUAUCCGACGCGAGCACAUCACACUCACCAAUUUCCUAGGCUCUGGCGCAUUUGGGGAGGUGUUUGAAGGUGUGGCACGUCAUUUAAACGGCUCUAGCGCUAAUACCAAGGUUGCUGUCAAGACAUUACGCAAAGGCGCAACCGAACAAGAAAAGACGGAAUUCUUGAAAGAAGCUGCUCUAAUGUCAAACUUCAAACAUGAACACAUUCUACGGCUGUUGGGCGUCUGCUUGGACAACGAUCCCAAUUAUAUUAUCAUGGAGCUCAUGGAGGGUGGCGACUUGCUCAGUUACCUUAGGAAAAAGAGAGUUUCACUGUACACACCAGAAUCACUAACUCUCCUAGACCUGUUGAACAUGUGUGUGGACGUGACUAAGGGGUGUCGUUAUUUAGAAGAAAUGCAUUUCGUUCACCGAGACCUGGCCUGCAGGAAUUGCCUCGUAGCACAUCGCGCUAACGGCCGCUUCGUCAAAAUAGGCGACUUCGGAUUGGCUAGGGACAUAUACAAGAACGACUACUAUAGAAAGGAGGGCGAAGGUUUACUGCCAGUGAGGUGGAUGGCGGUGGAGUGCCUUAUAGAUGGAGUGUUUUCUUGCCAAUCCGAUGUAUGGGCUUGGGGAGUACUUUGUUGGGAGGUGCUAUCACUAGGGCAGCAGCCGUACCCGGCGCGCACCAACCGUCAGGUGCUGAGUUACGUGAGGGACGGCGGCAAACCAGACUGCCCGCCCAACUGUCCUUCGGCCUUCUAUGAGCUUCUCCAAAGAUGCUGGAGUUACUCGGCAGACGCGCGUCCUUCGUUCCGCGAAUGUCUGGAGGUGGUGACGGCGCUGCGCGACCGCACCUCGCCGAACAUACGCCUCACCGCCACACCCGGACACGCGCCCUACCUCACGCUGCUGGGAGACGGUAACUAAGUAUUCAUAUCAUCAUAUCACUCCCCUGACUCUCAAUGGAUCGACAUUGCAAUUGUGACGCAAGUGUACCUCACCAAGAGAACGAAACAGUACAAUUGCAAAGUUUACAUCACUCCCCUUACUCUCAAUCGAUCAACAUUGCAAUUAUGACGCUAGUGAGAACGAAACAGUACUAUUGCAAUGUCAAUCGGUCGCGGCUGUGUUCGAGACUAACGGGGCAGGCACGGAUCUAUGUGGUUUUUUUUAUCUGGGGCAGAAACUUUGUAUAGCUCUCUUCCAUCUACCCCUGCGCUCCGUGAAGUCGGAUUUUAUAGUAUUUUUAUGUAUGAUUUUUUCUUUUAUUUCAUUUAGAGGAUUUCGAAGCAUGUCCGUCCCAUGGUAGCCUAUGUGUAUGAAAAGAUUUGUCAAGCUCGUUCUUUUUAUAACUUCUUUUUAUACUUCCAAACAGUGAUACCAGCUCUGCGAUUCCGUAAAAAUCCGAAACCGAAUUUGAAUUCACUCCGAAAGUGACAUCCGUUUAACCUUGAAUUGGUAUUAACGUUUCGUGGCAUAAGUGAAGUGAGUUUCGCAAUGACAUAGUGAUGGAAUAUGUGAGACAUGUAUAAUCAAAUUGAUUGAUUGUUUUGUUUUCAUACAAAAAAUGGAAUCAAUGGAAUUUCUUCACCAAGUGACGUGAAUUCAAAUUCGGGUUUGGAUUUUUACGGAAUUGCUCUGCAGAUACAUAUUAUACAGGGUUAUUCGUAAAAUAUUAGCACCCUAACUAGUACUAGAUAGCUAAACUAGGUUAUAAUUGAUAUGGCUCAAUGAUAAAAUUUCAAAGAGCGGCUAAUCAGAAUAUAGCCAUCUGGUAACUCAUUUUACACCUUAUGUUUAUUGAAUCAAGAGUCACUAUAAAUUUUACUCGUAUAUUCGGUCAUCGUUGCAAAUUAUCUGCAAUACGUGAUGAUGUUAGCUAUACAGUCCUGCGUCACUGCUGAUGUUUUAUAAUAACCCUGCAUACUAACCAGUUCCUAACUUUACUUUCAAUGUAGAAAUAAAGAAGGGUUUUAAAAUGUAAGAUAA